UGAAUAAAUACUCCAGACAGGAGAGCAGGUCACAGAGGGACAGUGGGUGGAAGAGAGACGAGGAGAGCAGAGCGACAUGGACUUUCCUACCACAUUGAUAUUAGCCGGGCUAAUCGUAGCUCUACUGUGGGUUUUAACAGUGAAGAGCAGGAGGAAGUAUAAUUUACCUCCAGGACCUGUUGCCCUCCCUCUCGUAGGGAACCUGCCACAACUUGACAAAAAUGCACCUUUUAAAAGUUUCCUCAAGUUCAGUGAAACCUACGGUCCAGUGAUGACCUUGCACCUGGGCUGGCAGCGGACGGUGGUUCUGGUCGGGUAUGAGGCAGUGAAGGAGGCGCUGGUGGACCAGGCGGACGACUUUACGGGCAGAGGGCCGCUGCCGUUUCUGUUGAAAGCCACCAGGGGCUACGGUCUGGGGAUCAGUAACGGGGAGCGAUGGCGCCAGCUGCGACGCUUCACCCUGUCGACCCUCAGAGACUUUGGGAUGGGACGUAAGGGCAUGGAGGAGUGGAUCCAGGAGGAGAGCCAGCACCUGAGGGGUCGCAUCGACUCCUUCAAAGCCGCCCCCUUCGACCCGACCUUCCAGUUUAGCCUCACAGUGUCCAAUGUGAUCUGCUGCAUGGUGUUUGGUGAACGCUUCAGUUAUGAAGACAAACAGUUCCUGCAACUCCUCAACAUCAUAUCUGAAAUGUUACAGUUCGGCAGUAGUCCUCUGGGUCAGAUGUACAACGUCUUCCCCUGGCUGAUGGAGCGUCUUCCCGGACGCCAGCACUACUUUUUUGCCCGAAUUGAGGAGGUGAGAGAUUUUAUCGAGACGAAGAUCCACGAGCAUAAAGACACACUGGACCCCAGCUCCCCACGAGACUACAUCGACUGCUUCCUCGUCCGAAGUGAGCAGGAAAAGAACAAUCCCACGAAUGAGUUCCACCACGACAACUUGGUGUCGACAGUGUUGAACCUGUUCCUGGCGGGAACAGAAACCACAAGCUCCACCAUCAGAUAUGCCAUCAGUGUGCUCAUCAAAUACCCAGACAUACAAGAAAAGAUGCAGCAGGAGAUUGACAGGGUUGUCGGAAAGGACCGGUGCCCCAAAAUGGAGGACAGGAAGUCCCUCCCCUUCACAGAUGCUGUGAUCCACGAGGUGCAGCGUUUUCUGGACAUUGUUCCCUUCAGCCUCCCUCACUACGCACUGACGGACAUUUCUUUCAGGGGUUACACAAUCCCCAAGGACACUGUCAUUAUUCCCUUGUUGCAUUCUGUGCUCAAAGACGAGAAACAGUGGGCGACUCCCUGGACCUUCAACCCUCAGCACUUCCUGGACCACGAUGGAAACUUAAAGAAAAAUCCUGCGUUCAUGCCGUUCGCUGCAGGGAAGAGGGCGUGUGUUGGUGAGGCUCUGGCUCGUAUGGAGCUCUUCAUCUUCCUGGUGUCUCUGCUGCAGCGUUUCACCUUCUCCUGCACCGACGGCCCCGACAGCAUCAACCUGGUGCCUGAGUACAGCAGCUUCGCCAACUUGCCUCGCAGAUACAAGGUCAUCGCUACACCGCGGUGGGGCGGCGCCCUAGCACCCCCUAUUGGCCAGCCGCCACUGGGAUGUUGCUCAAUCAGUGAGAGAGAGUUUCCUGCAGAGAGAGGACAGGGCUUGGUUCACUGGGACAGUAUGGACGUGUCACUGGUUCUAGUGGCGGGGCUGAUCCUCACUCUGCUGGUGCUGCUGGGUCUGAAGAGAGGGGGUCCGGUGAGUUUACCUCCAGGACCCUCAGGCCUCCCCCUCAUAGGAAACCUGCUGCAGCUGGACAAGAGGGCCCCGUUCAAAACCCUGCUCAAACUCAGUGAAAGCCACGGCCCUGUGAUGACCGUGUACCUGGGCCCUCAGCGGGCUGUGGUUCUGGUCGGGUACGAUGCCGUGAAGGAGGCUCUGGUGGACCAAGCAGACGACUUCACGGGCAGAGCACCGAUUCCUUUCCUCUUCAGAGUCACCAAGGGCUAUGGUUUGGUGAUCAGUAACGGAGAGCGCUGGCGGCAGCUGCGGCGUUUCACCCUCACAACGCUCAGGGACUUUGGAAUGGGACGCAAGGGGAUGGAGGAGUGGAUCCAGGAGGAGAGCAGCCAUCUGGUGGCACGCCUCAACAGCCUGGAAGGUGCAUCUUUUGAUCCGACCUUCUACAUGAGCUGCACCGUGUCCAACGUGAUCUGCUGCUUGGUGUUCGGUCAGCGCUUCAGCUACGACGAUGAAGAGUUCCUCUACCUGCUGCAGACCAUCUCAGAAGUCCUGAAGUUUGGCAGCAGUCCCUGGGGUCAGCUGUAUAACGUCUUCCCCCGACUGAUGGAAGUCCUACCGGGUCGACAGCACACAAUCUUGGCCAGGGUCGGUGCGCUGACAGAUUUCGUCAGGCAGAAGAUCCGUGAGCAUGAAGACACGCUGGACCCGAGCUCGCCCAGAGACUACAUCGACUGCUUCCUGCUCAGAGUCCGUCAGGAAAAGGAAGUUCCCACGACUGAGUUCCACCAUGAAAACCUGGUGGCGACGGUGUUGAAUCUGUAUUUGGCAGGAACAGAAACCACCAGUUCCACCAUCAGAUUUGCACUUAGUGUGUUCAUCAAAUAUCCAAAAGUACAGGAGGAUAUGCAGCAGGAGAUUGACACUGUGAUUGGACGGCAGCGUUGUCCCUACAUGGAGGACAGGAAGUCCCUCCCCUUCACAGACGCGGUCAUCCAUGAAAUUCAGCGUCUGAUGGACAUUAUUCCCAUGAACCUCCCUCACUACGCCCUCCAGGACAUCACCUUCAGGGGCUACACGAUCCCCAAGAACACCUUGAUCUUUCCCUUGUUGCACUCUGUGCUCAAAGAGGAGAAGCAGUGGGCCACACCUUGGUCCUUCAACCCGCAGCACUUCCUGGACCAAAACGGCAGCUUUAAGAAAAAUCCUGCGUUCCUGCCAUUUUCUGCAGGAAAGAGAUCUUGUGUUGGAGAGUCCCUCGCUCGCAUGGAGCUCUUCCUCUUCCUGGUGUCCCUUCUGCAGCGUUUCACCUUGUCUUGUUCCGGAGGUCCUGACAGCAUCGACCUCAGCCCCGAGUACAGCAGCUUCGCCAACGUGCCCCGAAGGUAUGACAUCAUCGCCACGCCGCGGGAAUAAUGGAUCAUUUGAUAUCAAAGGAAAUAAAUUCCGUGGUAGCAUAAGUCCAGACAGAUGACUUCAUAUUUCUUUUCUCCUGUGCCCAUAACUCUCAUGUUUGACUUCACCUAAUAGUGUGAGUCCAUGUUUGUAUAUCUUCUGUGUCCGUGUGUCAAAUGUUAACAAAGUGUUUACCAAAGAUUUUAAAGAAGCUCAUUACAUCACUUAGUCACGUGUUGUACUUUAAUUACACCUCAUAAUACACAACUCACAAACACAGCUUAUCUAAUAGAGGAUCUCCGCUCUUGUAAAAAGUUAUGUAAUAUCAUCAACUACUGUUUGAAGCUUCAUCUUGUGAACUGAAGUAGUUUUUUGUUUUCUUGCUCUUCUUGAAUCACGUAACAAAACAUGAGAAGGAUUGUAUGAUAACAUAUUAAUG